UUACGUAACCAGUAAUAAUAUGCGGAUGCAUAGUCGCCAGGAUUCAAAGAGAAAAAAAACAGAGAGCGACUUGUUCAACGAACGGACUUUCUCUCAUCUCGACAUCCUUCCCUGAUGCCAACAGCUUCCUUCAAUGGUUCGUACCCGUAUAUUUCCCCUAUAUGAAAGUGGAAAUAAUAAUCUCUCAAACACUUGCAUUGUUGACCGAAGUUCAUCACGCAAACGUUAGAUGUCCAUAAAUAUAUUUAAAUUGGUUAGAAUAUUAUAAAAGAUGAAAAAAUGAUUUAUAAAUAUCUUUUUAUCUUGGUAAUAUAAUCAAUUAAAAUAACAAAAAUAUGUUUAAAUUUUAAAUAUAAUAUAUCUAACAUUUUAAAAGAUAGAAGAUUAAAAUUGAAUUAAAAAAUUAAUUAUAAGGUAUAAGUAACGUAAAUACGUAAUGAAGUCAAUUGAUAGCGUACAGCAUUCAAAGUAGUACAAUGGAUGAAGAAUUUCUUUCAAAUCCAAAUACAUUUAAUUAUUGAUAUUGACUUGUAUUAUACAAUCAAAAAUGAUUACUAUUUUAAUAUAAAAGAAAUAAAUUUGAUAAUAAAAUACAAUAAUAAAUAUCAAUAAUAUUCCAUAUAUUUUCAAGAUAUCAGAUAUUAUAUGUUAGAAAUGCGUAAAUGGAAAUAGAAAAUAUUUGCAACUACUGUAAACAGAUAGAAAAAUUUAUCUAUCUAUCUCACUCUCAUACUAACUGGAGGAAAGUGAACUUUUCUAUACAUAUUAAGAGAAAGAGGAAGAGUAUAUAACAUUAGAAAUCAAGUUCACGUUUAAAAAAACGUUUCCUUAAUACUUAUUAUUAUAUAUUCAUUUGAUAUAAUUAUUAUUAUUUAUAUUAUUAUUUAUAUAAAAAUUAAUAAUACCGAAAUAAUUGAAAAUUUCGAAAUUGAAAAGUGUUGUUAUUAUUAUUAUUUUGAAAAUAUUUAAUGAUGUUAUAUAACCUCAAUAUGAUACGAUCGAGUUAAAGAAAUAAAAAUUUUUUUUUUUAAUAAGAUAUAACCGCAAGAUAUAAUCAAGAAUUAGCAUUACCGGUUGUAGAAGCAGAUAAAUGUAUAAAAAUAAGAAAGAAAAUGCAGCAAUUUAUAACAUUCGUGUAAAUAUAAAUUCUCAUAUGCGACCACGGAAAUUCACCGAUACUCAUUUCCUUCUCGUUUAAUUGCGAUUACGUUCAAUGCGUGCAUAACAAUGUCAAAGAAAUAAAAAGAUUACGACACAAACAGAUUUACGCACAAUUAUGAAUACGCUCAAUUAAAUACAAUUAGACACGAAAUAUUAAGCAUCGCAUAAGUAAAUUUAAUAAACGUGGCAAAUAACUUGCGCUUUCUACGAAACAAUAAAAUUUAAACUAUACUUUUUUCUUUUAAUUUCUAUAUUUUAUAUAACGAUAUGACUAGGAAGUAAUUAGGGGGAGAAAAAAAAAAAAAAAAGAAUUCAAGCAGGAAAAAAGGAAUGAAAGAAGGAAUCCAAUCGUUCGAAACGAAAUUCAAGGCUUCGAUAUAAACGACGAAGGUCAUCAUACGUGCGUUUCGUCCCGUUAACAAGUCGUUAUUGAGUAAGACAUACUUUCAUUUUCGUUCAUCUUGAAGAAUGUCCCUGAAGAAAUCGAAGCCGCGAUAAAGAAUCCUAUUCGCAUGAAUUUCGCUGUUUUAUGUUAUAAAACAGUUCCAAGAUUCUGAGCUAUGAAUCUCGAUAAUUUUAAAUUCUUUUCAAAUAAUUCUCAAACUAUUUCAAUAUCUAUUUAACGUAAUUUUAUUUAUCAGAUGUUGCUUCGUGGAAUAAUUAUUUGAUGAGAGAGAGAGAGAGAGAGAGAGAGAGAGAGAGAGAGAGAGAGAGAGAGAGAGAGAGAGAGGGGUACACGAAAUUGUUUACACGGCAGAGUGCAUCGCUCUGGAGAUGGUAUCUGUACUGAUCGGGUAUCUCGACCAGAAUUCUCUAUCUACCGGUGCUUCGUGUCAAAACGAACGCCCUUUUAAAGAUGCCGUUCACCUUUACCGUUAAAGGGCAUUGCACGGUUCCUCGAAAUGCAGGGAACGUUAGAACGUGAGAAGCACUCUCAACAAGAUGCAGUGUACACGAGAACUGUUGAAAUCUUUAUCUAAAUCUUUUUUAUUCUAAAAAAAACCGCGAUAUAUAGAAAAAGACGGAUAUUUCUUUUAGAUAGAAUUUAUCGAGUCUUUGAAAACAGACAGGCACGGACAAGUUGUUUACGCCGCAAUAAAGGAUUGUGCUUUUUAGAAAUUAUUACAUUAACUUUCUAGGGUAUUCAAUAUUUAUAUUAUUUUCUAAAUGAAAAUGAAUGGUUGACCAACAAAUGGUUGCAUUAGUUCAAUAAAAUAUAAUAAUUUAACAAAAUAUUAAUAAUUCUUCAAAUGUAAGUAAAAGUAAAAAUAAGAUUUUUGCUUAAAUGUAAAUUUCUUGCAAAUUCCUUGUUCUAUUCAGGACAGAUGAAAGAGAGAAUUGUAAGUAUUAGAUGGUGGGGUCAAAAUUAAGCUGAGUCAGAGAAAUUAAAGGUUUCGCCCAAUUGAUUCUUAAGACAGAAUUUAUAGUUUGGUAACCUGUUACGUUAGUUACGUAGCUCAAAGUUGUGUAAUAAGCUGGUUUGGAGAAGAUGAAAUUUGAUACAGAGAUUCUAAGAUGGGCAAGUGGAUGAAAGUUUUUGACAUGAAAUUUAGAUUUAAAAAUAUGAUAAUACUCGUAUAUUGUCAACAUUAUAUAUUGAACAUUUUUAAUCAUUAUUUAGUUCCAUUAUUUUCUUGUUUGAGAAUUAUAUAUAUAUAUAUAUAUAAAAUAUUAUGUAAAAUUUAUACAAAAUUUUUAACUUUCCAAACUAUAGCACAUUAGGGAACAUUAUAAGAAAGUAACAAGAAAGAAAUAUCACAUCUUUAUAAUAUUUCCUGGCCAUUUACAACUCAUUAAUUUUCUAAAAACAGAUAUUAAAUUAUUUCCGCUAUUUUAUAAAAUACCAUAUAAACUACCGAAACGAAAGAGAUAGAAAUAAAAAUUACUCGUAAGUUCGCUGAAUUAAAGGAAGAAGACAAGAAUUUAAGUAUCAUUAUAUAAGUCAGAUCUUUUUUAGAAAUUACUUUUACUUACAAUAAUCGGUAAAAAUAAUCUAUUAUUUUGGUUAAAAUUUUUACCAGGAAAAUUUUUAAAUGGCGAAUUAUUAAUUAUAAGCUAUAUCAUUUAACAUUUAUUUAAAUUUAAUAAAUAAAAUUUACUUAACGAAAUUCAUCCUUUAAUAAAUUCUUAAUCCUUAAUAAAUCACUAGAAAAAAAAUAUAUAUAUAUAUAUUUCAAACGCCGAGACGAUUUAUCCCUUUCUUCUAACAAAGUUAAAGAUCUUGAAAGAUUUCAGUUUCCUACAAAGAUACCAGUUUACGGACAUCCGCAUACGAGGAUCUCGAACAGGCAUCAACAAGUUUAGUACUCACUGUAAACCGAUCCUGAUGCUGACUUUCAUUCUUUUCGAAUUAAGUAACACAAUUCGAUGAAAGCGCAAUCUUACAGCAAUGGAUACGACCUUUCAAAGGUCAAACGACAAAGAAAGUUUGAAAUCCGAUAGCACGAAAAUAUUGCAGUUGGAAAUGUUUACAUUUUUUUUCACAUUGUUUCACGCUCAUCCACAGUUACUGCCUUUUUCCUCUUAGAAUUCUUUCUUAUUUAAACUUUACACAUUAGACGAGACUUGGGACUAUUAUCAAGGGCUACUCGCUUAAAGAUUUUAAAAAAUGGAAAUUGUCAAAGAUAAUAAUAAAUCCUACACGGAUUGGGAAAUAUUCGAGCAUGAUUUCAUUCCCAUUGUACGUCGAACGUUACGAAAGCCCACGCACAAGAGUUUAUUGCCUACUCGAAUCACGGAACUAUUGCGGAUCUGAUUCUCCCUAUCGAACCGGAUGGGGAAUUCCAACGGAUAGAAACGCGGAGAUGAUAAUCAUCGUGAAUAGAAAGGACUAAAAAAAGCAAGACGAUCUAAGAGAUUUUGCUCUUGUCUCGGGGAAGUUAGGUAACAGUACGAAGCCGCUUUUGAAGCGAUUCGAAGCCGAUGUCUCAGUCUUCGCGCGGUGCUCGAGCCAAUACCAUCGUUUUUCGUUCCGCGCAUGCCUCGAUUGCAGGAUGUCAAACGGCCGUUAUAAAAGAACACGGUGAAUUUUAGUGAAUAUCUGUGAUGUGAUUAAUGGAAAGUUCUUUUUUUCACCCGCCUUCAUCAUGAAAAAUUCAUCUGCAUUACGAGAUCUAUUGUUAAUUAUUUGGUUCACAUUAAUGGUUCGUGUAAAAUCUGCGAUAAUGCCUCCUCCAUGGGCAGAUCCGUCAAGCAAUCCUUGUGCCGCUCAACCACGUGGUUGGCAAUUGUUAUUUUGGCCGCCGGAUGGAAAGUGUUACAAAAUAUUCCAGAUUGGGGCACCAUGUCCAGAGACAAUGGAAUUGAGUCCAGCAGCAGGUGGAGGUGGGACUAUAGCUGAAUGUAGAUGUCCUCCAGGAACUGCACAAUCUCCUAGAGAUGCGCUAUGUCAUAAGAUAUAUACAAGAGCAUCUUGUCCAAAAGGACAGUUCUUUGCACCUGUUCCAGAGACAUCUGGAAGAUCUAGGUGGGGUGUAUGUCAUGAUCCAGAACCAUGCAAAGAAAAAGGAGAAGUCUAUUGGCCUAGGGACAAUAAAUGUUAUCCCAAAUUUAGCAAAGGACCAUGUUCAAAAGGGGAACUUCUCACCGUAGACGAAGAUGGAUUAACAUUAUGUUCUUGUUCUACAAAUGGAGAACUUGGACGAUAUCAUUGGACAGGUAAUGGCGGCGGUUGUCAUGAACAUUACACUAAAGGACCAUGUACAGAACCAGGAGAAUUAUUUUUACCGGGUGGUGUAUGUGGCUGUCAUUCUAAAUUACCUCACUACCAUGAAUCAACUGGAAUGUGUUAUCAAUUAGGUGAUAUUGGUCCAUGUUUACAAGGUCACCACUUUAUUGUAAUAAAUACAAUAAUCAAUGGAGAAGAAAUUCGUGCUAAAUGUGUAUGCAAACCAGGUCAUGUUCUUUAUAAAAAUGGAUUCUGCUAUAGACUUUAUACAAAAGGACCAUGUGAAAAUGGUUACAUGUUAAUAAAUUCGACAACUUGUAUUCCUGUACCUUGCACACGAGGACGAUUAUAUUUUCCACAAGAAAAAACAUGUUACAAAAUAGGAACAAGAGGACCAUGUCCGAGAGGACAAAUUGUUUUGUACGAUUAUAAUGUACGACCAUCUAUUGAUGGAAUCAGUUAUAAUGGAGUAUGUGGAUGUAUAAAUGUACAAAAAGAUUUGGAAAAAUGUUUCGAAGAAACUAAUGACAAUUGCGAAUCUACACCAGGAAUGGUAGAAAUAAAUAAAACUUGUUAUAAAUUAUAUACACAAGGGCCUUGUACCGCAGGAGAAUGGUUAGUUGCACAAAGAAUGCCAAAACAGAGUUUAUGGAAAAAUGAAGAAUUAGAAUCAAAAGCUAGAUGUGAAUGCAGACCUGGAUAUAAGAGAAUUACAGAUACUUUUAAAAUCUCUGAAUUAGAAAGUAAUAGUCUUCUUUCUUCGGGUGGUUGUCAACCACCUACCGUAAGUUUAGCAAAGUUUCUUAAUGAAAAAGCGAAAUCAAUAAACUUUUAAAUGAAUAAGAACUGAAAUGAGAGAUUAUGAAUAAUAGCAACAAGAUAGUGUCAGUGAUAAAAUGCAUUUUCUUAAAUUAUUAUUUGUAAAUACUAUUGUAUAAAUAUUGUCUAUAAAAUAUUCUCAAGAAUCUCAUGUGUAUAUCAUAAGAAUUCCUAUUUAUUUAAUAUUUUAGUGCUAUGAAAUUUUUGUUUUAUACUUUAAUUUUAUUUUAAAUCCUAUCAUAUAAUAUACUGUUAUUAAUAUUAUAAAAUUAUAAAAUAUAAAAAUAUUAUAAAAUUAUAAAAUAUAAGAAUUAUUAUAUGUAAUAUCAUCUCAAAUGUUUGAUCAAGUAUAAUAUUUAAAUAUCAUUUUUUGUUAAUAUUUGUAAAUAUAUACAUUGUAUAACUUUCAAAAUAUUAUGAUUAAUGAUAAAAUGAUUUUCAAAAAUAUAUCAAAUUUUAUAAAUAUAUAAAUAUACUCACU